UUAUAAGUAACUUCUCAAAAUUCGGACAAGAAAAACUUUUCUCCGCGUGGAGAAUUGGCACCGUGCUAUCUGCACUCCAUCUGUAUCUGUUUCCAGCUCAUAUUUCUAUUACUACAUAGUGGUAUGGUACAUACUUGAAGUUGAAAAACACAGAUCUGCAUGAGAAGUAGAGGAAUUGAACUCCGGUGAGAGUUUAUGUAAACGAAUUUUGCAGAUAUUAGUGAUUGAAUUGCUUAUGUGUGCGAAUUUUAAUUUUAGAGAUAGAAAUUGAUUGAUUUAGAUCCGAAAAAUUAUGGGUUUGAGCAAUUUCAAGUGUUAUUUGAUUCUGGCUGUAUUUCUCUCCCUCUUCGCUGGCCUCUCUGCUUCUACUUUCAUUUCAGAUUCUAUUUUUGGAUCAUCGGGUUCAACUGGAAGGAAUCUCCUUCAGGCUAAGAAGUCUUGCCCAGUCAACUUUGAGUUCCAGAACUACACUAUCAUCACCAGCAAAUGCAAGGGACCACUCUACCCUCCCAGCCUAUGUUGUCCUGCUUUCAAAGAUUUUGCUUGUCAGUUUGCUGAUGAUAUAAAUGAUUUAACAAACGAGUGUGCCUCGAUCAUGUUCAACUACAUUAACCUCGAGGGGAAGUAUCCACCAGGUUUAUUUUCUAGUGAAUGCAAGGAAGGGAAGCAAGGGCUCGAAUGCCCUGCACUACCACCAUCAGAAUCACAAUCAAAAUCAGAGAGAUCUAAGGGAUGUUGGACAGUAAGCAAACCAUUCAGAAGGAUGAUUCUUGUAGCAGUUUUUCUUGUGUUGCUGCAAUUUAUGUGAAGUUUUCGCGAAGUAAAAUUUAUCGGUAAAGUCGAGCCAAAGCCGACAUAUAUGGAACAUCCAUAAAAGCAAGAUUCUUAACUCUGCAAGAAAAACUAAUGUAUUCACCUUUAUUAAUUUGCAAUAACUGCAAAAAGUUUAUCUGUAAA